AAAUACCACGACCAUGGCACCAUGCUUAGGCUUGAAGAAGAAGCACACACAACACAAUACACACCUUCUUUCUUCUUCAACCUUCUACCUUCUCUUUUAAAUCACCAUGGCACUUAACACACAUAAUUCCACCACCACUACAAUCAAAUUCCUCUGCAGUUACGGCGGCAAAAUCCUCCCUCGUUAUCCCGACGGCAAGCUCCGCUACCACGGCGGUCAAACUCGCGUCCUCGCCGUUCACCGCUCCAUCUCUUUCUCCGAAUUACUGGUGAAACUCGGUGAAUUGUGUGGAACCUCUGCAACUUUACGUUGUCAAUUGCCGACUGAAGACCUAGAUGCACUCGUAUCCAUCACCUCCGAUGAAGAUCUCGUUAACCUAAUCGAAGAAUACGAUCAUCAAUCCACUCGUCAAUCAAAAUCUCUCAAAAUCAGAGCAUUUUUAUCACCUCCGAAGAGAUCAUCUCCGUCACCGUCACCGUCACCGUCACGUUCCACCGCCUCUGGAUCUUCUUCCUCCAUCAGCACCACCACACACGACGCCGGAUCUCCGAAAUCUCCUCUCUCCUCCGCCGCGAGAUCUCCGGAUGCCGCCGGAAACCGAUGUAUCUAUCAUGUUUCAAAGCCGCCGGUUCCGUACAACAGAUCAGCCGGAAAGAUGACGUGUUAUGCGUACGGAAACCCUAGCCGGAGUUAUCUUGUGCACCACGGCAACUAUUGGCAAUAACCGUUCUAGAUCUGGCAGUUAUUUUGAACGAUUAUCAGAUGAUUUAAAUCUAUACAAUUAUAAAGUCUAAAUUAAGCGAUAAUAUAAAUUAAAUUUCAAUAAAAAAUAUAUAAAUCGUUGAAUCAUAUAAUCUUUGGACUUUGAAUCGUAUAAGAUUUAGAUCAAUGUUGAUUAUUCAGUCCAAAUUUUGUUCAAUGAUGAGUUAAUUUGACCGGUAAGUUUUCAGUGAUCGCCGUUCGUUGUAUAUCCGUUCCGUUUGUCGUAUUCCGGUGGCCAUUAUUAAUCGUUAUCCUCUGACGUCACCGUCGUAACUGAUUUUGUCUGAUUCGUCUUCUUCUUUUGGCGAUUUCACUUUUAAUUUAUUGUUUUGGAAUUAUAGAUACUUGACUGACUAUUUUUGUAAUUUGUGCUGCAGGUGUAGAGCCAUACCUUGGGGAUAGAAUUGCGAGAGUGACACUUUGAUCAUAAUCUAGAACUAGAACUAGGUGGAUUCAUCCUAUGCGUCGCCGUGGAUACAGUGGCGAAACUUGAGAUUUUCGAAUCUGGGGAUUGAAAACGUACACAGGGGAUUGAAAACGUACACAUCCAAAAAUUUCUAUAAAACGAGGGUCGAAAACGUAUAUACCAAAAAAUUCUAUAUGAAAACUAUAUACUCUCCACUACUAAGCAAAAGUUUUGGGGGGUCGGCCGCCCCCUCCCGCCCCCACUAUCCUACACCGCAAAGAAAAUUCAAUCGAUAUUGGUUUGUUUCAUAUCGUUAGGAUACUGACACGUAUCGGGAAAGAAAACUCGAAGAAUAAAGAAAAAACAUAAAAAAAAAAUGAUACAAAGCAAAGGAAAAACACAAUAUAUUUAUUAAAGUUUAAUGACUAUAUGUAUACGUUAACUGUAUUAAAGUUUAAGAACACAAUUGUAAAUUAUUAAAGCUGAAGGUGGUAAUUAGGGCUGCAAACGAACCGAACGAACACGAACACGGCCUUGUUCGUGUUCGUUUGUUAAGGAUUUCAUGUGUACACGAACAGUUCACGAACACUUACCGAACGGGAUUUUUUGUUCGUGUUCGUUUGUUAAGGAAAUGAACUUGUUCGUGUUCGUUUGUGUUCGUUUGUUAAUUUAGGUACCGAACACAAACGAACGUUCAUGAACGCACACAGACGCAAACGAACACAAACAAACGUUAAUGAACAUAAACAAACACAAACGAACAUAUAUUUACCUUCGAAGAUGAUCAUAACAAAAAAAAAAAAAAAAAAAAAACACUAAGUAGAUCCACCCAAAAUAUACCAAGCUAAUUAUCCAAACUUGAGUAGCUUAAUAUAUAGUUUUUAUAAACAUAACUAACACAAAGUAGUCUCUCAAUACUUCAUCUUAAACUUCAAGUCUCCAUUUAAUCCACCAAACUAACCUUGAGAUCGUCUAUAACCAAAAUAAACUUGAAUUAAUCCAACCAUCAUCAAGUAAGCUCAACACAUAUGACAUAAACAAAUGAUAGAAUAUAAGUUGGGCCAUACAAUAUAAUAUAAUAUAAGUUGGGUAAUAAAAAAAAUAAAAUAAUAUAUAUAUAUAUAUGUAUAUAUUUCUAUACACAAACGAACACGAACAUAAACAAACGAACACAAACGAACGUAAACGAACACGUUACCGAACGUUCACGAACACAAUUGAACGAACAUGGCCUUUGUUCAUGUUUGUUCAUUUAACUAAACGAACGAAAUUUUUUGUUCGUGUUCGUUCAUUUAUUAAACGAACGAACACAAACGAACUUCCCGCCGAACGGUUCAUGAACUGUUCGCUGAAAGUUCAGUUCGUUUGCAGCCCUAGUGGUAAUGAAACAUAAUAGAACCACACGCGCUAAACUUUGAACUCCCAAGGAACAAACAUCGCAACACUUCCAUUUUUCACUUUUUGUGAUUAAACCCCAUUUCCAAUGUUAUGCAUAUUGAGCAGCCGUUCACCUCCACAAAUCACAACAGCAAGCUGCCAUUAUCCAUCACUAAAUAAACAAUAUAUCUGCCACCUCCAGAAAUCUAUUAAUCCUUUCGGUUAAAAGAAUUAAUUGGUGUCGGUUUGUUUCGUAUCGUUACGGUAUUGAUACAUGUUAUAGCAAAUGAAAAAGGACGCUAAAAAGAUAAACUCAUAACAUAACAAAAAAUAUAUAUAUAUAUAGGGGGCGGUUCCCCUAAGAAGCCUAUUUUGCCUAAGUUGCCUAAGAAGCAAUCUACACCAUUUGUUUAAACAACCAAUGGACCAGAUUAGAUCCCUAAUAUUAAACUAGAUAAAUAAACAAAAUACAACGCGCGGGGGUAUUUUCGCCAUAAACAAACAAAUAGUACUGGCAGUUAUCAACGAUUCAAAAAAACUUCUUCUUCACUCUCUCUCAAAACUUCCCAAUCGCUAACAAACUUCACCUAAAAUCGACAAUCAGAGAGACGAAAAUCGAACAAACAACAACAAAAACAGCAUCAACGAUGGAUUCAGAGAGUUCUAAGAGAUCUACAAGAAGCCAGAAGCAUAAAGAAACAAAACAUGAUGACGAUUUCGAAGGUUUGUUAAGGAUCUGUAAACGAACAGAUUUCUAGGGUUUUAAUAUGUCUAAACUGAUUCAUGUUCUGCAUUUUAUUAAACAGAUCGAUCGUUGUGUUUUUUAUGAAAUAAUGCUGGUUUAUUUUU